AUGGGAACCUUGCAUCCAAUAUCGGAAAAUUUCCCUUUGACUGCAACUCGUGCCCGCAACGAAGUACUGGAUCACUUGUCUCAGAAGUACGACCGCGACUGCCAGGACAUCUUGGCAACUUCGAACACAAUUACAUUGUCGAUUAACAAUACUGAUGUUGGCACUGAUGGGACCAAGAACGCAACAUAUGUUGCGGUGGACGAGUGGCGACGCGCCUUCGUGGUAGCACAAAGUAGCAACCCCUCGGCGUCGCCUUAUGUUGCUGAAGUGCUAUCUGUGCUGUCGACAUUGCCGUCAAGCAGCUCAGAAGCGAAAAUUUUCUUGUGCACUCCAACGUCGGGAACUUAUGCGCGUGCGCGUGUGGAGUUGCAACGCGAUGCCAGCGAGUCGCACAAACCUAUCACUCUCAUGGGCGUGUGCAUGACGCAGCAGACGGUGUUGCUGCUUCAUGAGCUGUUGCAAUGCAGCAUGUCACUUGAAGAAGCUCUUGACAACGCUGCACUGAUCGCAGACGCUCUUCAUGCUCUGCCAUCGCUACGUGACCGUGUGCUCCAGGGCAUCUACGCGGAUAACGAUAAUGCGGACGCUGCAAAUGCCUUUGCUCAAGCGUCAGCGGCCAACUGGCGCUCUGUUGCCAUGUCAGUGAAACAAGCAACUCGUUUGGAAAAAUUUCUUCGUGUUGCAGUUGCGCAAGAAUCAAAAGAUUCGUCAUCAUCGGUGCCGCUAUUGCGUCCACUGGUUGAUAUGAGUAACAGCGACAUGACGUGGAACACACUACGAAACGCCGCUCAGUUGCUUUUGCCACUAAACUACAUUUUUGCACUAAGUGAGCUGCAACCCACAACGUCGGGGCAAUUGCUGGCCCUGUGGAUUUGGCUUUUCGGUGCCGCAACACGCUCGCCUCUUCUUGAUGGCAACUCGCACCCGCUGGCCACAAGCUUCAUGCAGCGUCUCGAAUGUUACGUGGAAGAACAUUUUAUCGCUUGCAUGGUGCUGGAUCCUCGUGUGCACGGCGCUGGACUGAGUGUGUCAGGCUUGCGUCGUGCUCGUGGCGUCACUGUCCGUGUGGCCAGUGUGCUGAUCCCAAACUUUAACGAAAGCAACUUCAUCCGGUCCUACAACGACUAUGCGAAGCAACAAGGAGACUUCGGGGAGCCUGGUGUAUGGAACGUUGCCAAUACGUCCAGCCCCAUGGAGUUUUGGGGCGACUACGAAGGUGAUCCAGUGCACAACCAGCUUGCUAUAGUGGCAAAGACUGUGUGCUCUUACGUGCCCCAUACUUGCUCGAUGGAAGAGAUGUGGUCUGCACACGCGCAAAAAACCAAGACGAUGAACACAAAAGUGUCGAAAGAACACGAGAAGUGCACCAAAAUUCGUCAUGGUAUUGCACUCAACGCAAAGGCAACUGCGAAGAACGUAGUGAGUAGAUUUCUGCCACUUUUUGCAACGGAAAGUGAGCCGCCAGUGGAAGAAUUUCUACAGUUGAAUGCUGUUAUUCAAGGCAACGAUGAACCCAACCCCCGCUCACGUAACUUGACGGUGCGUUCAGUAGUCGAGAGCAUGCAAGACGGCUUGGAGGACGACGUGGCGGGAUCGGACGUGCGUUCGACGGCACUGGAUGCGUCGUGGUUUGACAUCAGCUCGGCUGGACUGGACAAGAUCAGGAGCUCUGUCGAGAACUACUUCAGCGCUGUCAUGCAGGAAUAG